AUGUUCCCGGCCAAUGGCAUAUCCCACGUCCUCUUCACCAACCUUGGUGAAUACAAGUUGAAGGGAGAGUUUGCGCGUCCGCAUACCACGCUCGCGCAUUAUCACGAUCUCGCAAAGUCGCAUGAGUUGGUAUUGGUGAGAGGAGAGGUUGAUCCGGAUCGGGGGAUUAGUGACAAUGAUGCUAGGUGGUUGGUGCUUGCUCUGCAGAGGUUUUAUGGUGCUAAGGAGGGGACGGAGGAUGGUGAUAGGAAGUUGAGGUUGUUGAAGGGGUUUAACAAGGGUGGAGAGGGCUUUGAUUUGGAUGAGCUGUUGAAGGACUGUGCUAAGCUCGUCUAGACAGAACAAAAGCAGCAUAGGGUACGAUAUACAU